GUCGGCAGCAAGGCCGGCUACCAUCCCACCAGGAUGUCCCCGUCGGUGGAGGCUCACCCGCCCCCACGGGCUUGGCUGACCCGGGGAGACCCGCGGCGCGGAGGGAGGAGCGCGCAGGGCCAUGUGAGCCGCUGGCGGCGGCAGCGGCCCUCGGGGAAGACAGAUGGGGUGAGAGACAGCGCUCGGUCCGGCUGUCAGCGCGGCCCCAGCCCCGCCGCGGAGGGAGCCCCUCCUCCCCCGUGUGCGCCGCGCUCCCGGCCGGGGAACCAUGGCGUCCAGCGAGGAGGACGGAGGCGGCAACGGCGCGGUGGAGGAGAAGGAGAAUGGCAAGAAGAAGAAGAAGCUGGGCGCCCUGGCCACGACCUGGCUCAUCUUCUACAACGUCGCCAUGACCGCGGGGUAAUCCACUGUGCAGUUGGAAUAGUUCGCACAUCUGUGCUUGUGACUGGGGUCCAAGUGAGUUCAAGAAUCUUCAUGGUGUGGUUCAUUGCACAUAGUAUAAAACAGAUCCAGAAUGAGGAGAGCGUUAUUCUUUUUCUGGUCGUAUGGACUGUGACAGAGAUUACUCGAUAUUCCUUCUACACAUUCAACCUGCUCAACCAUUUGCCAUACUUCAUUAAAUGGGCCAGGUACAACUUUUUUAUCAUUUUGUAUCCUGCUGGAGUUGCAGGUGAACUGCUAACCAUAUAUGCUGCUUUACCCUAUGUGAAGAAAACAGGAAUGUUUUCACUGAGACUCCCCAACAAAUACAAUGUCUCCUUUGACUACUAUUACUUCCUUAUUAUUGUCAUGUUCUCCUAUGUGCCAUUAUUUCCACAACUCUACUUCCACAUGCUGCGGCAGAGAAGAAGGGUGCUUCAUGGAGAAGUGAUUGUGGAAAAGGACGAAUGAAUCAAGCUGUGUAACCAUGGUGCUUUUAGUGGAAAGGAAAAGGAGGGUAAAAAUCCAAAACUUCCUCUGAUUUUUCUGAGUCCAAGUUUUAAAACAUGGAACAAGAAUAAACAACUGUGCCUAAAAUAUCAUGGACUGUAUUAUUUUUACAAUUAAUAUAUUUUCAGACCUACCUUUUCAUCCUCAGAUUCACUUUGGUUUUUAAUUGUUCAUUUCUUCAAAGAAAUAUUUUCUUACUUUCAAUAGGUUGACAAGUAGCUUUAAGAAUUAGAAUAGUUGGCUACUGUGCCUUCUGUUCUGAAAGUUCUGUUAUGACCUGUAGUCAUUAUCAAGAACAGAAGGAGAGUUGAUAAGUUGUACUGAAAGUGAGUCUUCUGGAAAUCAGAGUAUAAAUAGGUAAGGAUGUUUUUCAUAGACUAGGUGAAUUGAAUGGUAUUUAAGCUUUAUAUUAAGUAAUACCUUUCGAAUUAUAAGUGCUGUAGUAUGUUGUUCAACAUUUUUUGAAUUACAGUAUCACACUGAAGAAUUCCAGAAGGACUUUUGAAAGGAACUGAAUUCUUGAUCGUCAGUGCAAAUUUAGACCUCCCUGUAUUUUCAUUUGUCACUUUAAAGAUACUUAGAAUAAUAUAUAUAAUAUUAACUGGUUAAAAUUUGUGCUGAGGAGUAGACAGGAUGUGCCUACCUUUCUCUAAUCAGUGGCUGGAAUGGGAUUCCUUUGAAGAGCAAAGCUGAUUGUCAGCAUGUUUCCUAUUCUACAUUUAAAUUAUGUAUGCAGAAAAUCAGUAUCACAUUGAAAAACUGUAGCUAUGGUGAGAUAUUUGACUUCUUUUGAAUAGUUCAGUGGGAUAAAAUAUAUUUAAAAUAUCAUCUUAAAAUAUAAAUUGUGCUUUGAUUCAUCCCAUUGGGCAAUUUUAAUUGCUUCCUCCCUAUUAAUUGUUUAUAAUGUGUUGACCUAAUUCUAUUUCAUGUCUUCAAUAAUCUGCAAGAAGGAUCAACAGUAUAUUGAUGGAAGUUACAGAUGAUAUUACACUAUAUGAUACCUGAGUGGGAGAGGUCAAACAAAUAAGAUUUUGAUCUAGCAGCCUAGAUCAGAGAAAAAAGGUGAUGCAUUUGAGAAAACUUGGAUACUUAGUGGGAGAAAGACGGAAAUGUAGUAAUGUGGUACGAAACCUUGAAAAUGUCGGCAGCAAACCUGUCUUGCUUCUGGCUUCACUUAUGUCAAAAAAAGUGUAUACAUCUAUGGAAGAGCUGCAUCAGGCAGCUGUAUGUCAGAAUAUUUGUGAUUGCUGAGGUAACUUCUGGAGUGCAGUCUUAUAUUUUGGCUAGCUCAGGGAUGAAGAAUUGGUUAAUCAUCUGAAAGCUCAGAGGACAAUAACAAAACCAGCUGAAGUGAGAAAGAAGUCGGAAAGAUUGAGUCAUUAAUAUGAGUAAUUUGUUGUAUGAUAAACACAUGGAAGAGCUUUUCUAAGUAUGGAGGUGUAGCUAUGAUGAAUUUGAAACAAGGUAAAUAGCCAAUGAAUAUCAGAAGAAAGGUCCUACCAAUGAGAUCAGUUAGAUUACAGAAUGACAUAGUAGUGCUUAUCAAUGCAUGCAGUGUCUUGGAAGGUUUUCAGUUAAAGUUGGCAAGAGACAUAUUUGAAUAGGAAGUUUCCAUUUUUAGCUUCAACGAUUCUAUGAUAAUACAGCUUUUUUGAAAUUUGUGGAUAUGCCAGAAAAAGGUCUAUUAGGUAAUUUGAUAAGAAAGCAAGGAUUUGCUAUGUCCCUAACUUUCAAAUUCCAUGUUGUGCCUUGAAUUUGUGAUAUUUAUGCAUGUCUUCAUUACACGUAAAUGAGUUUCCUUUUAUAUGACAGGUGCAUAGCUGACUUGAGACAGAACAGUUGUAUUUCUUUAAAUUUUAAAAGGUGUAAUCUUUGUAUUCCUUCUAUUUCAUACAAGGUGCUCUAAUUUAACUUACUACUUCUGUUUUAUAUGCAGCUAAAAUUGUGAAAAGUUUAAAAUAUAAACUACAUUUACAACACUGAAUCACAAAACAGUUGUGCUAUAUGUGUUCAGACUAGCAGUUGUAUGUGUCCAACAUUCUUUCAGUACUGUUUUAUAAACUAUGAGGAACAAAUUGGCAGUUUUGGGAAAUAUAUCUCCAUUAGCUAACAGAAUAGUGUGAUGAAAUAUGGGAAACUAAGAUUAGAUUAAGUUCUGUGUCUCUUUUUUACUGUCAGGGCAGCUCGCUGAAGACCAUAGCUAUUAAUUCAUCGAAAAUGCAUUGGAUACUUAAGAAUGUGAUUUUGAAAUCCUUGAUCAGAUGAGUGUAUCUCAUAGAAAGUAUUCCUUCUAAAAGAAAUACUUACACUAUAAAAUUUAUAUUUGUUUUUAUUGUGGCCUAAGGAUAUUAUCAUAUAUUAAUCAAGGACCUAUUUUUAUAUCAUUUUGUACAUGUGAAAUGAAAAAAAUACAACACUGUUUGCUACAAUCUUGGGUUGCACUUCCAUAAAGCAACAAUGUACAAGGUAAUGAUACAAUUUUAAAAUGGAUUUUCUGCUGGAAAACAUUCUUGCUAAAUAAUGAACAAAUAAAAGUAAAGCUAAAAAUUACUUACAGUAUCACAUUCAAAGUUUCUUUGACCAGAGAAAUUGCCAUGUAGAUUAGUUUACAUGGCAUUUACCUAAAAAAAGUAAGCAACAUGUUUUUUUCUUCAUUUUGUUUUUUGACUGAAGCCUUUCACUGAAGCCUCCUUUUCACAGAAUCAGUUAGGUUGGAAAAGACCUCCAAGGUCACCAAGUCCAACCUUUGACUGAACACCACCACAUCAAGUAGACUCUAGCACUAAGUGCAAUGUCCAGCUGCUUCUUGAAUGCUUCCAGGGGUGGUGACCCCACCACCUCCCUGGGGAGCCAGUUCCAAUGCCUUACCAGCCUUUUUGUGGAGGAAUUCUUCCUGAUGUCCAACCUGAACCUCCCCUGGCACAGCUUGAGGCCUUUUCCUCUUGUCUGGUUGCUAUUCUGGAACAUAGUGAGAACUGCAGGUAAAAUCUUCUUGCUAUUGACUUCAGAUGAGCUAGGAUUUUAUCCUAGGUAGUUUACUUAAAUUUCUAUAUACCACCUCAAAACAUUUAAUUAACCUGUUAAGUGGAACUUAAGUAUGAUUUUCAUAUGGUGCUCUCUUUCCAACUUUUUUACAUCUGUCUUUUUUGUCUUCCUCUCUGCAAUAUUCCUAGUUUUCUAAAGCAUUAAAAUCCUCCUGCUUACACAAGAUUAGGAAUAUAUUUGAACAUCAGCAUCUCUAAUGUUUUCAUGUAGUCUUUAACAAAUAGUCCUUAAAAAGGUAUUUUCUUACUUGUUCUAUGUAGGCUUUCUGAAAUUAAUUCAUAUAGAACAUGUCUUUAUGAAAGUUUUUAAUUAGCAGUACGGAGAAAUAGGGAGAUUCCUUUUAAUCACAUUUCCUACUAUAGGUAGAAACAGAAGCCACCUUUUGUAUAAACUCUGCCUGAAUGCAGCUGGAUUUCUUGAGGUUCUCCCCAGCAUUCACAUACUGUGAAAAGCUGGUUUGGGACAGAUUGGGUUGUUACACAGUUUAGCCCAGAAUGUUUGGAGGUCAGAUCCCAGCUGCAGGGCAUGGGCAGCAGGAAGGAAUAUGAUGCUGAUAUUGCAUCUUCUACAUUUCCUGCCAAGGGGUCACUGAGACCACGUUGAGCAGUAGUUGAUAGAUGUUUCUCCCACCCCUCAUGAUCUGAGAUGAGAGGAAGCUCAGAGUGCUGUCAUUGCCAUCUGCUGAGGGAGCUCAGGAGAUCAGCUGGGAGGAUCUCUGUGCACAAAGGGUGUGUUACAGAGAGGGCUUUCCCGUUCCACUCAGCUGUCCUUUGUAUCUGUUAGCCUCCAUGUCUUGAGACAUACAGGCCUGCCAGGAUGGGCACCAAUCUCCACAGCACACUUCAACAUAAACUGCCUUGGAGAAAUGGUGCAGGGUGCUGUUUCUAAUUCCCAUUGAAACCAACAUUUAACCAGGUUCAUGUUCAUGGAUAGAUUGCAUGGCUAGUUAACAGGGAGGUGCAUGGAGACCUUUUCUGUGACCAGAUGGAAACAUGCACAUUUUAAAUCUAGGUCUAGCUACUGCUCUGACUAUGGUACUCUCGGUCUUCUUGAAGUAACUUACUUCAGUGGAUACUUGGAUAUGUGUAUGGUUACUAAAUAAACCAGAAUGAAACCAAUUCAUAAUCAUUAUAAUAAUUUAUAAUUUUAAAUUAGUUUAAAUGACAUUAACAGUUUUUGAAUCAAGCUCAUGUUUAAUCUGCCGUAGAAAGAAAAAAAAGAAAAGAAAGUUAAUACAAAUAAAUGUUCUGCACUAGGCAGUAGGGCUUCAUAAAUCAAAAUUUGCAGGCAGGCAAACUGGCUGCAGUUCAUAAAGGAUUUUUUAAGUGGGUUUUUUUUUAACAAAAAAGGUGAAAGCUUUUCUGAAAAUCAAAGUUUAUUUUAUAAUGUAUAUUUUAAAAUGUGCUGAGACUUACUGUAUUAUUUAUUACCAGUUUACAAUUUAAAUUCAUGCUGAACCAACGGUAUUUAUAGAUGGUUAACCGUAGCCCAUUAAAAUGUUUCAUUCUGUGUUUGUCACAAUGGCUGUUUAAAAAACAAUCUCCCCAUUUUUCUGCAGAGCUCUCUGUUCUCUUGCUCAAGUGAGUUGCAGUACUGUUAUAGCCUGUGAUGCUUUGCCAGGCUGCUAAAGCAGCAGGUUUCUGCUGGCCAAGGGAAGCUCCAUGAGCUUGCUCCCAGGAGGGCACAGCUCCACAGUGGGUGGCACUCUCGGGUCGGUGUCGGGCACCCACUGUGCCACUGGUGCCAUUCUGGGGUCUCGAGCACCUUCAGAAGGACUGACAGCUCCACAGAUGAUUCAUCCCUGUGACUUCCCAGAUGGAGAAGACCUGUCUGGUGAACUCUUAGGUGACAAAAGCAAAUCUGACAAGUGAACUGAGAGCUGUCCUGAGAGAACUGUGGAGAACUGAACGCUGGGCGACUCCAGCCGUCUCUAGGCCAUUGCCGUCAAUUUCCUGCCUGCAGCUGGUAGCGGCUGGUGAUGUGCAGCACUUUCUCUGGCAUGUUGUACCACCUGAAACAUGUUGCCUCUUUAUUCAUACCUCUCCUGCCUCUCUGUUCGGUCCCGAAUGUAUUUGAAUGUCCUUUCAGUUUAUGGAUUUGUUAAAGUGUAAGUGCAGAAAAAUUUAUCUGAGUGUAUAGAAUAUAUGUGUAUAGAAAUGUAUUUAAAGUUUCUUAAUAAUGUAAAUGCACUGCAACUGCUUAUUAUUGUUAUUUCUUCUGAAAUGCAUUAUUAUUAGAAGUUUACACGGACAGAAAAGCAACACAAUAUUAUACUUUUAAUAAUUUAUUUACUUGCAAAAAUUAUAAUAUUUUUGAGAUAUAGAUUUGGAUAUUUGUUUUAGAGAUUGUUAAUAUUGUAGCACUGUAGAAAUUAAUCAUCAAUUAAAAGGCAUAUUUUAAACUUU